AUGUCGGAAAAAAUUUCCAACGACGUUCGGCGCAAUGGAUUGCCGUUUCCAAAAGCGGGUGACGAGGUAGUGAUAUCCGGGAUUGCGGGGAGGUUCCCGGAGUCACGGAAUUUGACGCAGUUUAGAGAAAACCUCUUCAACAAGAUGGACCUUAUCACCGAUGACGAUCGUCGUUGGCGAUUGGAACAUCCAGAAAUUCCUCACCGAACUGGCAAGUUAAGCGAUAUUGACAGGUUUGACGCACAAUUUUUUGGCUCGCACUUCAAGGAAGCUCACACGAUGGAUCCCCAGGGUAGGAUGCUGUUGGAACACACUUACGAAGCUAUUAUUGACGCUGGAGUUAAUCCGAGGCAACUUCGUGGAACUCGGACCGGUGUUUUCGUCGGCACGUGCUACAGUGAAUCGGAUAAAAAAUGGAUCUACACAACAUCGCAGGUGAACGGACUGGGUAUAUCGGGCAACUACAAGUCCAUGGCGGCCAAUCGACUCUCUCAAUGGUUGGGAUGUACAGGACCAAGCUACGCUGUGGACACCGCGUGCAGUUCCAGUCUUUUUGCUCUAGAUCAAGCGUUUAGAGCAAUUAGAACUGGUGAAUGUGAAGCAGCCAUUGUUGCAGGGUGUAACCUCUGCCUCCGCCCAGAAAUAUCACGGCAAUUCUUCCUUCUUGGUGUACUUUCUCCUGGAGGAUACUGCAAGCCAUUCGACAAUGAUGCGUCCGGCUACUGCCGCAGUGAAGCCAUAUGUGCUGUCUACCUUCAGAAAUCGAAGGAUGCAAAGCGUAUUUACGCACAAGUCGUGCACACCAAAACUAAUUGCGAUGGUUUCAAAGAAGAGGGCAUCACCUUUCCAUCGAGUGCAAUUCAACAAAGAUUACUUGAAGAAAUUUACGCGGAGUGCGAAGUCCCACGGCCGAGCUUGGCUUUCUUAGAAGCACACGGCACCGGAACCGUAGUGGGUGACCCUGCGGAAAUCGCGGCUAUCGACAAAGUAUUCUGCACCGAUCGAACUACUCCGCUACGGAUUGGUUCAGUCAAGUCGAAUAUGGGUCAUUGCGAACCAGCAAGUGGCCUCUGCUCUAUAGCCAAGAUUGUGAUUGCGAUGGAGAGUGGAUACAUUCCGCCGAACAUAAAUUACAAUCAUCCACGUGAAGGAAUCGAAGCUUUGGAAACUGGUCGCAUCCAAGUUAUCACUGAACCAACGCCGUGGGACGGUGGUUACGUUGGUAUUAACUCUUUUGGCUUUGGAGGUGGAAACGCACACAUACUUCUGAAGUCGAAUACAAAAGAGAAGAUCAGGAAUGGCUCACCUGAUGACGACAUGCCCAGACUUGUGGUCAUAUCUGGACGAACAAUGGAAGCUGUCAACACUUUGCUAGACGACCUCGAAAGCAGACCAGCAGAUGUGGAAUACAUUGGUCUUUUACACAAUAUACACGCUGAAGAAAUUCCUGGCCAUCCAUACCGUGGAUACACGAUACUUCCUCCCCGGGGCGUAUUGUGGAAAAACGUGCGAGAUGUGCAAUAUUACUCGGGUAAAAAACUGUCGACAACGCUGAUUUGCUCUGGAUUCGGACCUCUGUUGGUUGGAAUUGGUCGAAGUCUGUUGCAAAUCCCGGUAUUUGCCAAGACUCUACAAAAGUGCGACGCUGUUCUCAAAUCUCUUGGUGUGGAUAUUUAUGAUAUUUUUAACAGCCAAGAUCCGAAGACUGUCGACAAUAUCACGAGCUCGCUUGUUGGUAACGCUGCAAUACAGAUUGGUUUAGUUGAUGUAUUGUCAGCCUUAGGAAUCGCGCCGGAUUAUAUUAUUGGGUCUUCAGUUGGAAUGUUAGGUUGUGCAUACGCCGAUGGCUGUUUGACUGCGGAACAGGCAGUUCUCGUGGCAUACUUCGAAGGAGUUGUAUUGGCAAAUAGUGGAGAAAGUUCCGAAUCUUUGGCAGAGGUUGGGUGUAAUCAUGAACGUUGGACGCAUCUGUCUAUGCCAAAUUCUGAUGUCUUUUACAUCAACAAUAUUCAGAAUUCCACAACUAACGAGCAAGAGAAGUCUAAGAAAAAUGAUUCGACGAAGCUGCAGGCGUGUGAUGAAAUUGUUGAAGAUAAGUCCUACACCAGCUUCACCAAUGUUCAUCGUCAAAAUGUCGCAGCAGUAGGUCAGAAAUUACUGACUUACUUGCGAAAAGUCAUUCCGGAUCCAAAACCGCGUAGCCACAAAUGGAUACAAAGGAGUGAGGGCGAAAACAGUUUGGAUCGCCUUUUUUCCGCUGAAUACUGCAUAGAAAACUUAUUGAACCCAAUCACAUUCGAAAAUGCAUCAUGUCUGAUACCGAAAAAUGCAAUAACUAUUGGGAUGGCAGCGCAUAAUUGGUUACCGAUGAGCGAAAUCAACAUUACUUUGACGAAAAGUGAAACUGACAACUACCUUGAAUCGUUACUUGUCGCCGUUGGAAAAAUGUUUGAACUCGGUUUAAAUGCACAGUUGAGUAAAUUGUACCCCGACGUUCAAUAUCCGGUCAGCCGUGGGACUCCCAUGAUUUCUCCUUUGGUACGUUGGGACCAUUCCGAAGACUGGUACGUCGAAAAUAAUUACCUAGUGAAACAAGAACUAGGGGAACACGCCACUGAAGAGAGAGUCGUUCGUGUAGACCUCAGUGAUGAGGACUUUGAAUUGAUGUCAGGGCAUGUAAUUGAUGGGAGAACCUUGGUACCUGCAACUGGUUACCUAACAAUUCUUUGGAAAAAAUUGGCAGAAAUGCAAGCAAAACGAAUGAUCGAAACUCCGGUGGUGUUUGAAGAUGUGCAAUUUCACCGAGCUACGACAAUUCCAAAAAAGGGUAGCGUUGACCUCGAAUUUACGAUUCACAAGGGCUCAGGUAGAUUUGAAAUCAUCGAAGGUGGUACUUCUGUCGUCACGGGGCUCGUACGUACUGUUUUAAACGCCGCUCGGGAACGCAUCAGGUCCGAGUUGUUACCCGAAAAAAAUGAAAAACUUGUCCUGACAAGUAAAGAUAUCUACAAAGAGUUGCGGCUUAGAGGAUAUCAGUAUACUGGAUUGUUUCGUGGCUUGAAAAAGGCAUCGGUUAACGGAACCAAAGGUCUUAUAGCAUGGGAGAGGAGUUGGAUGGCGUUCAUGGAUAACAUGCUGCAAAUACAAAUCCUUGGAGUUGACACUCGAGGCCUAUUGGUUCCCACGGGUAUUCGGAAGCUGGUUAUUGACCCAAAGGUGCAUGCCGAUCAGCUGAGAUUGAUGCCCGAUAACGAAAAAGUAUUCUCAGUAGAGGUUCACAAAGACAUGGAUGUUAUCAUCGCGGGAGGGGUAGAACUACGUGGACUGAAGGCUAAUGCCAUUUCCAGAAAAAAAACGCAUGGAGAGCCCGUUCUUGAGACUUAUGCAUUUGUAGCGCAUUGCGAUAAAGCAGACACGGAACUGCAAGUAGUUACUAGCAUUGCUACACAGAUAGCGAUUGAGAAUCAUUCCAAUUUCAAAAUAAAAACCAUAGAAUUACUCCAUAAUGCAGACAAUUUGCCAUCUGGAAAUUUGAUAUCUCCUCUGAUACAAAAGGUUUUAAAUGACUUACCAUUAUUGCAAGCGAACAUAAAUAUCAUUGCCCCACUCGACCAAAUUGCAGUUGAUGAAAUACCCGCAGGUAUUACAGUCUCCGAACCGAAGAAAUUGUCUACCGAAUCGGACGCCCUGCUAGUUAUCACCCAUAAACUAAUGCACAGUAAGAAUGCCAGUGUGUUGAAACAGGUCCAAGCAGCCACGAAAGACACGGGUUUCAUACUUGCCAGAGAGCCACUGAAUGCGGAUAUUGAUGGUGUUCGAAGUUAUGUGGGUGAAAACUUCGAUAUCAUUCUUGAAAAAUCUACAUCCAAAGAAUUCAUGCUUUUGCUUCGUAAAAAACAAAAACUGUCCCCGUUUACUACCAUUAUAAAAAUCGAUAACGAUGAAUUAGCUUGGAUAAGCAGUCUGCAAGCUGCUCUAAAAACGGAAAAGGAAAAAGUUAUUCGUAACAGAAAUCGAGUACUUCUUGUAAGCGAAGGAGAUUACGAAAGUGGACUCAUGGGAUUGCUGAACUGUCUGCGCAGAGAACCAGGUGGUGAAAUUGUACGAGGACUUCUGAUUCAAGAUUCGCAAGCUCCAAGGUUCUCUCUAAACGAUCCAUUCUACUCGCAGCAAUUAAAUCUAGAUCUGGCGGUCAAUGUUCUACGUCCAGGAAAAUUGUGGGGAUCCUACCGGUUUUUCCCGAUGAAACCAUUGGUACCUAAACCAGUAUGCCAUGCUCAGAUAAAUCAGCAAACGCGUGGUGAUUUAAGCACACUCAAGUGGGUAAAAGGUAUGAUUCAGCCUGACGGACAGCAGAAAGAUACGAUCAAGAUACAUUAUUCGUCGAUCAACUUCCGCGACAUUAUGCUGGCUACCGGAAAAUUAGCUAUCGAAGUGACCGUAAAAACGAGACAAGCAGAAGAAAACGCAGGUGGAUUGGAAUUCUCCGGACGAGAUUCAAACGGUCACGCAGUUAUGGGAAUGAUCGCGACUGGGGCCAUGUCAAAUUUAUGUGUCUGUGACAGGGAUCUUCUUUGGUCGGUACCGGACAGCUGGACCUUAGAAGACGCAGCUACGGUUCCUGUCGUUUACGGAACGGCCUGUUAUGCGCUGAUGUUGAGUGGCAAAAUGAAGGAAGGAGACAAAGUGUUGAUACACGCCGGAAGCGGUGGGGUUGGACAGGCAGCGAUAACUUUAGCGCUUCACGAAGGAUGCGAAGUUUUCACAACCGUAGGGACACCACAAAAACGAGAGUUCAUCAAAAAACAAUUUCCACAAAUCGAUGACGAUCAUAUUGGAAAUUCGCGAGAUACGAGUUUUGAGCAAAUGAUUCUGCGUAAAACUCGUGGACGAGGCGUGGAUAUCGUGUUGAAUUCCUUAGCCGAAGAAAAGUUACAAGCAUCUGUUCGUUGUUUAGCAACGGGUGGGAGAUUUCUAGAAAUCGGUAAAUUUGAUCUUGCGGCAAACAAUCCUCUGGGGAUGGAACAGUUUCUGAAAGGCAUCAGUUUUCAUGGAAUCCUCUUGGACAACUUGUUCGACGCUCCCUCGGACUUGAAAAUUAAACUGAACGCAAUGCUCACUGAAGGAAUGAAGACUGGUGCAGUUAAGCCCCUUGUCCGUACCGUGUUUCCAAUGGAUCAAGUCGAAGCUGCAUUUCGAUACAUGGCAGCUGGAAAGCACGUGGGAAAGGUGAUCGUUAAAACCGGUAACGAUGAUGAAAUUCGCCUUCCUCUUGCACUGCCUCGUUACUACUGUUCAGAAGAGGGCAGUUAUCUGAUUCUUGGCGGCCUUGGUGGCUUUGGUCUUGAGCUAGCUGAUUGGCUCGUGCUCCGCGGAGCCAAAAAAUUAGUUUUCACCUCGCGAACAGGCGUAAGAACUGGGUAUCAACGUAUGCGCAUUGACGUUUGGAAAGGCUAUGGAGUCGAAAUUGUCAUAGUAGCAGGGGUGGAUGCCUCAUCGGAUAAGGGCUGCGAGACCAUUUUGAAGAAGGCGGCAAUGCUUGGACCAGUUUAUGCCAUUUUCAACCUGGCUGUAGUAUUGAAGGACGCCCUCUACGAAGAUCAGACCGAACAAUCAUUCGAAGAAUCGUUCAGAGUCAAGGCUCGGGCUACAAAGCAGUUGGAUAAAUUAUCAAGAAUAUUGUGCCCGCAACUCAGGCAUUUCGUGGUGUUUUCGUCGGUAUCUUGUGGAAGAGGUAACCCGGGACAAACGAACUACGGGAUGGCUAACUCUAUCAUGGAAAGAAUAUGCGAAAACCGAGUAGCAGAGAAGUUGCCCGGCUUGGCUAUACAAUGGGGAGCCGUCGGUGAUGUCGGACUCGUUGCUGAAAUGCAGGAAGAUAACAAGGAAGUUAUUAUCGGCGGUACCCUGCAACAACGAAUAUUGUCUUGUCUGCAAAAACUCGACGCUUUUUUGAAUCAAGAGUCACCAGUAGUGUCGAGUAUGGUAGUUGCUGAGAAAAAGUCCGGAGGCGCUGGGGCAGACAUUCUUACCACAGUCGUAGACAUCAUGGGACUCAAAGACCUUAAAGCGAUAAGUCUGCAAACGCCGUUGUCAGAACUUGGCAUGGAUUCAAUGAUGGCAGUUGAAAUCAAACAGACGUUAGAACGUGAAUUUGAAGUAUUUCUAACAGCAUCGGACAUUCGUAGUCUCAAUUUUUCGAAGUUGCAGGAAAUGUCAGUGAAACAGGCCGAAGGAAACGAAAAUGAGAAAGAGCUGGAACCUAAUAUCCCUGAAAACUUGGCGGGUGUAAAACUGCUUUUAAGAGUUCUGGGAACAAAUGAUCAACGCGACGAUAACGUUUGCGUCCCUCUAUCGACAUGCGCAAAAAAUGAAAGACGAGAAGUAUUCAUAGUACCAGGAAUCGAAGGAACACACUCUGUAUUCCAGUCUUUGACCGGUAAAUUGAAAUCACAAACAACAUGUUUGCAGCUUGGUAUAGCUUCUGCGAAUGCCAAGUCAAUUGAGGACUUGGCGGACUAUCUGAUCCCACAUGUCGAAGCCAGAUAUGAAGGAUGUCGUGACUUCGUGAUCGCUGGGUAUUCCUUUGGAUCUUUGGUCGCCAUUGAGCUUGCGAGACGCUUGGAGUCCAAAGGUUUCAGCGGUCGACUAGUGUUGAUCGAUGGUUCACCUGAUCACAUGAAGGCUCUCUGCUCUAGACACCUCAUUGUUGAUGACGAGGCUCGCUUGCAAACUUUGUGGUUACUGGAGUUCAUGGAUACGGUUGAUCCAUCGAAGAAAGCAGAGCUGGACAGAGAGUUGAAAAAGUGUUCCACCUGGGACGAAAAGUUGACAGCGUUCACCAAUAACUUACCUGCCGAUAGAAAUUUGAAUUUCACUGUCGAAGACCAAAAAGCCAUCUGUACAUCAUAUUACAAUCGCAUCAAAGCGAUCCUGAAUUAUAAAUUCUCAGCACCAUCACGCCUGAACACACCAAUAACCUUAAUAAAACCAACAAUUCAAUCCGUACGUGAAAUAUCAGGAGACUACGGUCUGGGGCUGAUCACUUGCCAGAAAGUCGAAAUUCGUCACGCCGUCGGCAACCAUGUUUCGAUGUUGGACGAUGACAUUUGUGCAGCAGCCAUAGAUGGAAAAUUUUUCGAAGAUAUCGAAAUAUGCGAGCCAAAUCAAAGAUUGUCUUAAAAUCGGGAACUCUGCAUGCACGCAUAUAUUCUCAAACAGACAGAAGACCGGUUAUACACGGAUUAGUCCCAAAAGUUCGUUCGUACAAGCGACAGUCGUACAAGUUCGUUUCUCAAAAUUCGUUUCAGAUGGUUUUUUCCGACUAGCAGCAGUCCGACAAGUUCGUAAGAACGAGUAUAGAUUCUACACGAAUCAGUUCUACAGGUCAAAUUUUCAACGAAAUAUGUUCCGCAGACUCGUUUCUACGAGAAAAUUUUUCCACACAACAUUUUAUGCAGCAUGAAAUAUGGAAUUUACUUCAGAGAUAAUCCUGCAGGAAUCAUCCUACAGGAGAAUUCUUACGCAGAAUAUUUGUGCACAGAAAUUUUUCUACAAAACAUUUUUUUUUCUUUUCACACAUUUGUCACAACAUCCCUUUGGCACAACACACAUUCAACACGAACAAUUCCAUAUCUGAAGAUUAUAUUGCGGAGAAAAAUAUUUCUGUAGCGUGACGAUAUAUCCUACUGAAAAUAAGAAGAUCAGUCUCAAUGUGUGCCGAUAAAAUUACAUGAAGUCUGUAACGAAGAACCCUGAUUUGGUAAUUAAUUAAUCACAAAGUGACGACGAGACUUCAAAAACGCACCAUGGAAAAUCGUAAUAUUAUAUCUAUGUA